AUGGCGUGGAGCGGUACCGGUAUCGACGAUACCGUCCUCAAUGCCGAUGGACAUGUCACCGUCCCCGACGACGCAUACAAACGUGCCUGCGUCACCACCGUCGAGGAAGGUCUCGAAAGGGCAGAGCGCAUCGGCUGGCCUGUCAUGAUCAAAGCCAGCGAGGGUGGUGGAGGUAAAGGUAUCCGCAAAGUCGAGAACCCAGAGGCCUUUAAGAUGGCCUUUAAUGCCGUAGCCGGUGAAGUGCCAGGUUCCCCCAUCUUUAUCAUGAAACUCGCCUCGGCCGCACGCCAUCUCGAGGUACAACUCCUCGCAGAUCAGUACGGUAAUGCCAUCUCCCUCUUUGGUCGCGACUGCUCCGUCCAGCGACGCCACCAAAAGAUUAUCGAAGAGGCCCCAGUCACGAUUGCCCCUGGCGACAGAUUUGAAGAAAUGGAAAAGGCGGCAGUUCGUCUCUCCAAACUUGUCGGAUACGUCAGCGCAGGAACGGUAGAAUAUCUCUACAGUCCCUCGGAUGACACGUUCUGCUUCCUCGAGCUGAACCCUCGUCUCCAAGUUGAGCAUCCCACGACCGAAAUGGUCACUGGUGUCAAUCUCCCCGCGGCCCAGCUUCAAAUCGCCAUGGGUCUCCCCUUGCACCGAAUCCGCGACAUUCGUCAACUCUACGGGCACGCACCACAUGGCUCCAAUGAGAUUGAUUUCGACUUUGUGCGCCCAGAGUCCAGUCAGAACCAGCGCAAGCCGCGUCCCAAGGGCCAUGUCGUCGCCGUCCGUAUCACGGCAGAGAACCCAGAUGCUGGGUUCAAGCCCUCGAGUGGAAGCCUCCAAGAACUCAAUUUCCGCUCCAACACCAAUGUGUGGGGUUACUUUUCCGUCAACAGCGCCGGUGGCUUGCACGAGUUUGCCGACUCGCAAUUUGGUCACAUUUUCGCAUACGGUGCGGAUCGUGAGGAGAGUCGAAAGAAUAUGGUCGUCGCGCUCAAGGGCAUGAGCAUCCGAGGUGAUUUCCGGACGACCGUCGAGUAUCUCAUCAAGUUGCUCGAAACGAGUGCCUUUUCGGGCAAUUCGUUUACGACUGGAUGGCUCGAUACGCUCAUUAGCGAAAACCUUACUGCCGAGAGACCAGACUCGACGUUGGCGGUGAUUUGUGGUGCGGUCACAAAGGCCCAUAUUGCGUCCGAGGCGUGUUGGUCCGAGUACCGAAGGAUCUUGGAAAAGGGUCAGGUCCCUGCCCGAGACACCAUCAAGACUGUCUUCCGCUUUGACUUUAUCUACGAGGGCGUCCGCUAUUCGUUUACUGCUACUCGGUCGUCUUUGACGUCAUGGUCUGUCUAUCUUAAUGGUGGUCGAACGAUGGUGGGCGCCCGACCGCUAGCGGAUGGCGGCUUGUUGGUGCUCUUGGAUGGCAAGAGUCAUUCGGUAUAUUGGAGUGACGAGGUUGGCGCUAUGCGGCUCAUGAUUGACUCCAAGACAUGCUUGAUCGAAAAGGAGCAUGAUCCUACCCAGCUCCUCAGCCCUAGUCCAGGCAAGCUCGUCCGCUUCCUCGUCGAGAGCGGAGAACAUCUCAAGGCCGGAGACGCUUAUGCCGAGAUUGAGGUGAUGAAAAUGUAUAUGCCACUUGUGGCCAGCGAGGAUGGUGUGCCGACGUUUAUGAAGAACCCUGGUGUCAGUCUCGAACCCGGAGAUGUGAUUGGCAUUCUCGCACUCGACGACCCGAGCCGCGUAAAGCACGCCAAACCCUUUGAAGGCCAGCUCCCUCCUUUCGGACCUCCCUCUGUCAUCGGCUCGAAGCCUCAUCAACGACUCGCAGCAAUCCUCAGUGUCCUGUACAGCACACUCGACGGCUUUGACAACCAGGCCAUCAUGAACACGACUCUCAAGGAUCUGUUGGAGGUCUUGCGCGAUCCCGAGCUCCCUUAUACCGACGCCAACGCCAUUCUCUCGACGCUCUCAGGUCGUAUGAACCCCAAGCUCGAAGAGCAGAUCCGCGCAACGAUUGAGCGUGCCAGUAGUGCCGGUCAAGAGUUCCCCGCGGCACGCGUCAAGAAGCUGAUCGAGGCAUACCUCGCCGAACUCAAGCCCCAAGACCGUACAAUGGCGCGCACGACCAAAGCUGCCCUCAUCGACGUUGUCGAAAGGUUCCGCUACGGCCUCAAGGUGCACGAGUGGAUGACGUUUGCUGGUCUCUUCAGACGCUACGAGCAGACGGAGAAACUGUUCGGAGGUGAUAUCGAGCAACGCGUGCUCAAGCUCCGCGAUGAAAACAAGGACAAUCUCGACGCAGUGGCGCAGCUAGUGCUGAGUCAUAUCAAGGCCCCCAGCAAGAAUAAGCUCAUUCUGUCACUGUUGGAUUUAGUCAAAGAGGCUGGAUCGGCCGCACUCGCGCCCGAGACGGGGUUGGCGGAAGAGUUGAAGAAUUUGGCGGCUUUGGAGAGCAGGUCGACGAACCCCAUGCCCUCGUACGAGGAGCGUUCUAAGCAGAUGGAGGCCGUCCUCAGGCAAUCAGCGAGCCCAGCAUACUAUGGCGAGUUUAAGAGUUCUCGAGGAGAGCCAAACCUCGAAGUCCUCAAGGAGCUGACAGACUCUCGGUGGAUCAUGUACGACGUGUUGCCGACCUUUUUCAGCCACGCCGACACAAAUAUUGCCCUUGCUGCAUUGGCGGUCUACGUCCGAAGGGCAUACCGUGCCUACACGGUGCUGACCAUUGAUUAUGAAGAAGGUGAUGGCCUUGAUGAUGGAGAUGCACCCCACGUUGUCAUAUGGCGCUUCAAGAUUGGCCAGAGCAACUCGCCGCCUUCUACGCCUCGUAUCGACGAGCAAAACACCUCGAAGCAGCGCCAGGGCUCCGUCAGCGAUCUCAGCUACCUUAUCCUCAAGAACGAGUCCCAACCCAUCCGUACCGGUGCCAUCGCAUCCUUCCCCGACGUCAACGCUCUUCACAAGGGCUUUGACAAGGUGGUCGAGCAUCUCCCGCUCUUUGAAAAAUCGGAUGCAGUUCCCGAACCACCGAAUGUGCUCAACAUUGCAUUGAGGAUCUUUGAAGAGGCCAAUGAUAUGAAGGACGACGUGUGGAGAGAAGAGUUCCUUCGCCUCUCCAAUGGAAAGAAAGACCUGCUCGCUGCGCACGGCGUGAGGCGUGUGUCGUUCAUGCUCUGCCGAAGGGGACAGUAUCCUUGGUACUUUACCAUUCGCGACAAAGAGGGAGAAUGGAUCGAGGAAGAGGCCAUUCGUAACAUUGAGCCUGCGCUCGCGUAUCAACUCGAACUCAGCAGACUCUCCAAUUACAAGAUUACGCCUUGUUUUGCCGACGCCCGUCAAGUCCACAUUUACCAUGCCGAAGGUCGUGAUAAUCCGGGUGAUCAGCGAUUCUUCGUGCGCGCACUCGUCCGUCCUGGUCGUCUGCCGCCGUCGAUGCGCACUGCCGAGUUCCUCAUUUCGGAGACGGACAGAUUAGUUGGUGCCAUCUUGGAUGCGCUCGAAGUCGUCAGCAACCAGUACCGCAAUACAGAUUGCAACCACAUCUCCAUGAACUUUGUGUACAACCUCAACGUGAAUAUUGAGGAAGUAUACGAGGCACUCGCUGGUUUCCUCGACCGCCAUGGCAAGCGUCUGUGGAGAUUGCAUGUCACUGGCGCCGAAGUCCGUAUCACAUUGGAGGACAACGAGGGCAACGUCACCCCGAUCCGCGCCAUCAUCGACAAUACGUCUGGCUUUGUCGUCAAUGUCCACACCUACCAGGAGAUUACGACUGACCGUGGUCAUACCAUCCUCAAGGCCAUUGGCGAGAAAGGCCCACUUCAUUUGCAACCCGUCAGUCUACCAUACGCGACCAAGGAAGGUCUCCAACCCAAGCGUUAUCAAGCACAUCUCAUUGGCACGACCUAUGUGUACGACUUCCCCGACUUGUUCGCCAAGGCUGCUCACAACAUCUGGGUCGAUUACAAGACCAAGAACCCAGGUGUCACCAUUCCAAAGGACAUUCUCACCUCCAAGGAGCUCGCAAUGGAUGAGAAUCGCCAAAUGGAGGCGGUGGAUCGUGUACCAGGGAACAAUUCGUGCGGAAUGGUCGCCUGGCUGCUGGUGAUCAAGACGCCCGAAUUCCCGACAGGGCGUCGUGUCGUCGUGAUCGCAAACGAUAUCACAUACAAGAUUGGUUCGUUUGGACCCGCUGAGGACGAGUACUUUUACCGAGCUACCCAGUAUGCGCGUGCGCUCGGUGUGCCCCGCAUCUACCUCUCAGCCAACUCUGGUGCUCGUAUUGGACUCGCCGAAGAGGUGAUGAACCUAUUCACACCUGCGUGGAACGUUCCCGGUCAACCUGAGAAGGGUGUCAACUACCUAUACUUGACGCCGGAAGCAGAGCUCAAGCUCAGGGAAAAAGGCGGGCAAUCCGUGCGAACACAGGAGAUUGAGGAAGAUGGAGAAAUUCGCCACAAGAUUACCGAUAUCAUCGGUCUCCAAGACGGUCUCGGAGUCGAGUGCUUGAAGGGCUCUGGCCUCAUCGCCGGAGAAACAUCCCGCGCAUACGAUGACAUCUUCACCAUUACAUUGGUGACCGCUCGCUCGGUUGGUAUCGGUGCAUACCUCGUCCGUCUCGGUCAACGCGCGGUCCAGGUUGAGGGCCAGCCAAUCAUCCUCACUGGCGCACCAGCACUCAAUAAAGUGCUCGGUCGUGAAGUCUAUACAUCGAAUUUGCAACUCGGUGGCACUCAGAUCAUGUACAAGAAUGGAGUGUCACAUCUCACAGCUGGUAGCGACUUGGACGGUGCCACGCACAUUCUCAAAUGGCUUUCCUAUGUGCCCGAGCACCGCGAUGGUCCACUUCCGACGAUUAGCCCUCGCGAUUCGUGGGAUCGGGAUAUUGACUAUGUGCCACCCAAGGGACCGUAUGACCCUCGCUGGUUCAUCGAGGGCAAGCGGGAUGACGUUUCCUCCGAAUGGCUCAGCGGCUUCUUCGAUGAAAACUCGUUCCAGGAAACACUCAGCGGAUGGGCACAGACGGUCGUUGUGGGACGAGCGAGGCUCGGAGGAAUCCCCAUGGGUAUUAUCGCUGUUGAAACUCGUACUAUUGAACGCAUCGUGCCAGCUGAUCCCGCGAAUGCGGCUUCCUUUGAACAGCGAAUCAUGGAAGCUGGUCAGGUUUGGUAUCCAAACUCUGCCCACAAGACGGCCCAGGCCAUCUUCGACUUCAAUCGAGAACAGUUGCCCUUGAUCAUCUUUGCCAACUGGCGUGGCUUCUCCGGAGGUCAGCAGGACAUGUACGACGAAGUGCUCAAGUAUGGUUCCAAGAUCGUCGAUGGACUCUCUAGCUACAAGCAGCCAAUCUUUGUCUACAUCGUGCCCAAUGGAGAGCUGCGCGGUGGUGCCUGGGUCGUACUGGACCCUUCGAUUAACCCCGCACACAUGCACAUGUAUGCUGACAUUGACGCCCGCGCGGGUGUUUUAGAACCGGAGGGCAUCGUCGAGAUCAAGAUGAGAAAGGAUAAGCUUGUUUCCCUGAUGGAACGCACCGACCCUACGUAUGCAACCUUGAAGAAGUCGAGCAAAGACCAGACUCUAAGUGCCGAGGAACGUGCGGCUGCGACCUCGGAGCUUUCCAAACGGGAGAGCGACCUUAUGCCGACAUACAAGCAGAUCGCGUUGCUAUACGCCGACCUUCACGAUCGGGCUGGUCGUAUGGAGGCCAAGGGAUGCGCAAAACCUGUUCAGUGGAAGAAUGCUCGUCGACACUUCCAUUGGGCCGUCCGUGCUCAACUCGCCAUUUCGGCUGCGGCCGCAAAGUUGACCACAGUCUCGCCACAACUCUCACUCGAAGACGCCAAGCGACGUGUGUUUGAGCAGAUUCCUCAAGUGGCACACGACGAUGAUCGUGCAGUGGCAGAGGCGCUCGAAAAGUUUGACAUGUCCGAUCUCGUCGCCCAGCAGAUGAGCGCACAUGUCACCGGUCAACUCAUGGCGUUGGUGCAAUCCCACCGCAAGGCUGGUCUCGCGGGACUCGUAGGCGUCGUUCACGCGUUGACGGACGAGGAAAAGGCAGCGCUCGCCGUCGCUCUUCAGAGCUCAGGUUCGUUUCCACUCGCCGACUCUGUUGUCCGCGUUGGAGCUGAUAAUCGUACGCCACCUUUGCAGGUCCACCAUCCUACUCUUAAGGAGGCUGUGGAUUUCGUCCUGUUUUGUUUCUUCUUCGUGUCUAGCCUGUUGUCUACUAGUCUGUAUCCGCCCGAGGUUCUAGAUAAGAAUUAA